GUGUGACAGCCGAGGCUGCGGCGGCUGGAACAGGUUGCUCCACCCCGCCCAGGAUCAGGCGAGGGGGAACCGGCUUGGCUGCGGCUGCCAACUCGCGCCGAGCGCGUCUGCGAACUCCCGGAGUGGAGUCCCACGUCCUGCCUCCUGCCCGCGGGGCGCGCGCUCCUCGCUCCCCCAGGGCCCGCGUCCUCCCCGCGCAACCCUUCCCCACUUUUCCCCCCUUUUGCAAUCACAUGGCAUUUUAAGAAUGCCGGAAAGAUGGCGGUAGCGGCGGCGGCGGCGGCAGGGCCGGUCGGCGGGGGAGGCGGCCGCGCGCAGCGGAGCGGGCUGCUGGAAGUUUUGGUGCGGGAUCGCUGGCACAAAGUUCUGGUGAACUUGAGCGAGGACGCCCUGGUUUUGAGCUGCGAGGAGGGCGCUGCGGCGUACAACGGCAUCGGGACCGCCACCAAUGGCUCGUUCUGCAAGGGCGCCGGCAGCGGGCACCCGGGCGCGGGCGGCGCGCAGCCCCCGGACUCGCCCGCCGGGGUCCGCACCGCCUUCACCGACCUCCCGGAGCAGGUGCCCGAGUCCAUCUCAAACCAGAAGCGUGGCGUGAAGGUGCUGAAGCAGGAGCUGGGCGGGCUGGGCAUCAGCAUCAAGGGGGGCAAGGAGAACAAGAUGCCCAUCCUUAUCAGCAAGAUCUUCAAGGGGCUGGCGGCCGAUCAGACCCAAGCCCUGUACGUGGGCGACGCCAUCCUGUCGGUGAACGGAGCCGACCUGCGGGACGCCACCCACGACGAGGCGGUGCAGGCGCUGAAGCGCGCUGGCAAGGAAGUGCUGCUGGAAGUGAAGUACAUGCGAGAGGCCACGCCCUACGUGAAGAAAGGCUCCCCAGUGUCCGAGAUUGGGUGGGAAACGCCUCCGCCUGAAUCCCCUCGGUUAGGGGGCGGCUCCUCAGACCCUCUGUCGUCGCAAUCCUUCUCCUUCCAUAGAGAUCGGAAGAGCAUCCCCCUGAAGAUGUGCUACGUCACCCGGAGUAUGGCCUUGGCUGACCCUGAGAACAGGCAGCUGGAAAUCCACUCUCCAGAUGCUAAGCACACGGUGAUCCUCAGGAGCAAGGACUCAGCCACUGCCCAGGCCUGGUUCAGUGCCAUCCAUUCCAACGUUAGUGACCUGCUGCCCCGAGUGAUUGCUGAGGUCAGAGAGCAGCUGGGGAAAACAGGCAUUGCUGGGAGCCGAGAGGUCAGGCAUCUUGGCUGGCUCGCAGAAAAGGUGCCUGGGGAGAGUGAGAAGCAGUGGAAGCCAGCUCUGGUUGUACUGACUGAGAAGGACCUUUUAAUCUAUGACAGCAUGCCCCGGAGGAAGGAAGCCUGGUUCAGCCCAGUUCACACAUACCCGCUUCUUGCCACCAGGCUGGUCCAUUCAGGUCCAGGGAAAGGAUCGCCCCAGGCUGGUAUGGAUCUGUCCUUUGCAACGCGAACUGGCACCAGGCAGGGGAUUGAAACACACCUCUUCAGGGCCGAGAUCAGCAGGGACCUCUCCCAUUGGACAAGGAACAUAGUACAGGGUUGCCAUAACUCAGCUGAACUCAUUACUGAAGUCACCACAGCUUGCACCUACAAAAACCAGGAGUGCCGUUUGACCAUACAUUAUGAGAAUGGAUUUUCUAUUACCACUGAACCACAGGAGGGUGCCUUUCCCAAGACAAUCAUACAGUCUCCUUAUGAAAAGCUGAAAAUGUCUUCAGAUGAUGGAAUCAGGAUGCUGUAUUUAGAUUUUGGAGGCAAAGAUGGAGAGCUUCAACUGGACCUUCAUUCCUGCCCCAAGCCGAUUGUUUUCAUCAUUCAUUCCUUCCUGUCAGCUAAGAUUACGAGACUGGGCUUGGUCGCCUGAAUAGAGGGGCGACUUGCCUUUGAGAAAAGGAAGGCUGCGGUGCCGCCAGAAAGUAACAUCAGACACCAUUUGCAGUGAGCAAUGCACCAGCCGUAGCAUGCCACAGUCAGCUUUAGAUCCCAAGAGUCCUGUGUAACUGUCCCAGACUGCUCUGUCAAUUUCAUCAACUACAACGGGGUACCCUGAGAAAACACCGCAAGGAAUAUCAGACUAAAACUGUCUUUUUAGAACGGUAAAAGGGAAAAGAGGUGAGGGAGAUUGGAAAUACACAGCAUAGCUUUUAAAUAAUGACAAUCAAGGACAUGAAAUUAGAACAGCAUGUGCAGAUCUUAAUCACACCAGUUUCUAGGCAACUGGUUCACCCAGGUAAGCAAGAGUUGAAGACAUGAGAAAUGGACAUGUUCCCCUCUUUCCCCCCCCCAAUGACAAUGAUCCCUUGGUUUAUUGUGACUUAUUUCCUACUUCUAAUUGUGUUGAGUUUAGCUGGUAAGGAAAGAAAAGCAUUUCAAAUGGAAACCCACCUUUUAUUUAAGUAUGAAGCAGCUGUUACUUUUUCUUAAUGAAUUAUCUUUCAGUGAUGUAGGAUGAUUAUUCUGAAGUGUUCUCAUUAGCAUAUGCUGAGCGGGAAUUAAAUAAAGCAUCAGAUACUGAUCUGAGCUGCAAGCUGGUGGAAUCCGAGCCAAAGUAGACCGCUUAAAUUGCAAAGCUUUGCUGAAGCGUGGUGUGCGUGGAAGAUGAUUAAUUCUGGGACUGCACUCACACCAAAGUCUGCUGUCUUAGAGCCAAGACUGAUAGCUUUAUUUAUAAAAAGCAAAUUAUGGAUAUUUUUUUAAAAGAUCGUCA